AUGUCAAUCUUAAAAUCCAUCACUUCACUCGGUAAUGUUUCAAAAUCAUCAUCAGUUGUCGCAUCCGGUGGCUCAAUUGGUCAACAAUCAAACAAUUCAGUAGCACACUUUGGCCAUGGUAUUGCUGGUGCUGGUGGAAAACAAAAUGGUACUGUUUAUUAUAACAAGACCAAUACAUCAACAUCUGAAACUUAUUAUACAAGUGGCCAACAAUCUGGUGGCUAUGGUUAUGCCUUCUAA